GAACUCUGGCAAAGGGGCUGGGUCCAGGGGAGGAGAGAAGGGCGAGGCGAGCAGCCAAGCAGACUGCCGUCAGAUGCUUUCCCCAUCUCAGUGAGCUGCAGGCUGAGAUGUGAAUUCACCCAGUCCCUCUCAUUUUGGGUCGUGUUUUCCACCAUGAUCUGGCUGGUAUGGCUUUGCUGUCGUCUCUCGGCCGUUUCUGCACAGCAAGAUCCCGAACUCCUAGCCAGGGACCUAGAAGAAGCUGAGAUUUUGGAUUACAACCUCAUUGACAAUGUUGCUCGAAGAGUCCCAAGGCAUAACCGGUUUCUGCAGAGAUUGGAGACCAGGCCCCGGAUGUCUGAAUUCUCGGUGAGAUCCACAAUCAUUUCUCGCUAUGCAUUUACGACCGUCUCCUGCACCUUGGUGAACAGCGGUUCGGAGCCCAGGGAAGGCCAGUUUGAGAUGCAGAUACCCAUCACGGCCUUCAUCUCCAAUUUUACCAUGGUCAUCGGUGAGAGGGUUUACCACGGGGAAGUAACUGGGAAGGACCAGAAGUACGGGGGCACGGACAGAAAGAACAGAUAUUCAAGACCCACAGGUGACGGGGAAAACAGAGUUGAGACAUUCAAAGCCUCUGGAACAAUUCCCCGUAAAACAGAAGCCGUCUUCCUGCUGCACUAUGAGGAGCUGUUGCAGAGACGCUUGGGGAAGUAUCAGUACACGGUCAGCAUCCGACCUCAGCAGCUGGUAGGGAAGUUACGGGUGGAGGUGAACAUUCUCGAAAAUUCAGGCAUCGUCUCUCUGGAAGUCCUGCCUCUCCAAAACAGCAAGAGCAGGGGCAAUGGGAGCAGCGAAGAUGAUAUCUCCCCGCCACCUUCGACAGUGGUUGGCCAGACAAAAACUUUAGCCAAGGUGACCUUCAGCCCCAACGUUGUGCAGCAAUCCAAGAUCGCACGGAAUGGCAUCUUGGGAGACUUUGUUGUCAGAUACGACGUCAACAGGGAGCUGAGUGUUGGGGAUGUCCAGGUUUUGAAUGGGUACUUUGUGCACUAUUUCGCUCCCAAGGACCUCCCUCCGUUGCCAAAGAACGUUGUGUUUGUGCUCGACAGCAGCGCCUCCAUGGUGGGAACCAAGCUGAGGCAGACCAAAGAUGCCCUCUUCACCAUUCUCCAGGAUCUAAGGCCUGAGGACCACUUCAAUAUUAUUGGCUUCUCCAAUCGAAUCAAGGUCUGGCAACAAGACCAGCUGGUGCCCGUGACUCUCAACAACAUACGAGAUGCCAAGAUCUACAUCCAUAACAUGUCUCCUACAGGAGGCACAAACAUCAAUGGGGCUCUCCAAAUCAGCACCCAGAUACUCAAUGACUACAUCACCCAGAACGACAUCGAAGCUCGGAGCGUCUCCUUGAUCAUCUUCCUGACGGACGGGCGGCCGACGGUUGGAGAGACGCAGUCCGCCAAGAUCGUCAGCAACACCAAAGAGGCCGUCCGCAACAGGUUCUGCCUCUUCACCAUUGGCAUCGGCAACGACGUGGACUACAAGCUAUUGGAGAGGCUGGCGCUGGAGAACUGUGGGAUGACGCGGCGGAUACGGGAAGACGAGGACGCGGCAGCACAGCUGAAAGGAUUCUAUGACGAGAUCGCGACGCCUCUUCUUUCCGACAUCCGGAUCGAUUACCCUACAGACAGCGUGGAGCAAGUGACCCAGAACCUAUUCCCCAACUACUUCAAUGGCUCUGAAAUUGUCAUUGCUGGGAAGCUCUUCAACAAGACAGCCGACCGCUUACAUGUGGAGGUGACAGCCAGCAACAGCGACAAGUAUGUCCUCCUGAAAACUGACGUGGCUGUAGACCUCUCCGCCAAGAACCAUGUUGGACUGGCCUCCAGAGGUGCCGAAGACCCCACGGAUGAUCAGAACUAUGUUGAACGGACUUGGAGCUACCUCACCAUCAAGGAGCUGAUGACCUCCUGGCUGAAGAGCGACGACAGCGAGGAGAAGGAGACGUUGAGGGAGAGAGCCGAGAAGCUGGCCCUCGCGUACAAUUUUGUCACCCCCUUCACCACACUGAAGAUGAAGGAGCUUGCGAGCCAGGCGGACCUCCCAAGGGAGGUUUACACCGGCCCAUCAACCGAAGGAGUUGGGGAGAUCGUGCAGGGGCUGCAAGGUCACCGGGCACCAUCCGGGCCUGUUCUUGCAAAACCAGCGAAACAAAAAGUCGAAGUCACGAAAACAUCAGCGGAUGGGGACCCUCAUUUUGUCGUCGAUUUCCCCUUGAGCAAGCUAACGGUCUGCUUCAACAUUGACGGGGAACCAGGAGACAUCCUCAGAUUGGUUUCCGACCAUAAGAACUCUGGUGUGACCGUGAAUGGCCAGCUGGUGGGAGCCCCCGCCCCUCGCAGAGGCCAUAAGAAGCAAAGAACCUAUUUCAGAAGCAUCACCAUUCUCAGCAACAAACCAGAAAGGUCCUACCUGGAGGUCACUCCCACGAAGGUCAUCCUGGACGAUGGGAAGAGGCUCAUCCUGCCUUGCGACCGCAGCGCCACAGUAGCAAGCAGGAACCUCGAGGUGUCCAUUGUGGCCCGUUCCAACGUCACUGUGGCCAUAAGGGGCACUGUUGGUUUCGUCGUUCUGAUCCACCACUACAAGAACCCCGCUCCCUACCAAAAGGAUCACCUGGGCUUCUACAUCUCCAACAGCCAAGGCCUUUCUCCAAGCUCCCAUGGGCUGAUCGGUCAGUUCUUACACCAAGAUGUUAAGCUCACCACCCAAGAGCCUCUUAGAGAAAGACACCAAAUGUCCGGCGGGAACCUAACGAAAAGCAUGGACACAAACGCUGGGAACGCGUUAGAGCUGAAAGGGCGCUUGGUUCCCGUCGUAUGGAAGCAGAGGAAGAUCUACAAUGGCGAACAGGAAGUGGACUGCUGGUUUGCCAAGAACAAUGCAGAGAAACUGAUCGACGGGGCCUAUAAGGAUUACUUGGCUUCUCACCCUUUUGACACGGGGACUAGCUCCUUGACGGAAAACCGACUCUGAAGAGAAAAAGAACCCCACUUGCUUUUUUGACACAUAGGAAGCCAUCCGGUCCCAAGGCGAUUCCUGCACUUUGACAGCGCUUUGUAAAGCCAAAGAAAUCAAGGUUUGUUUUAAAAGGAAUUCCAUUUAUACAAGACAGCUGCCUCCUCUCUGGUUCACUAAAGGACAUUUUCCCGAGUGACUCCAAUAAGGUCUAAUGUGGACUUUUAAAAAAGAAAGGAACAAUAAAAGAUUGCGAAUAUUGUUCCCGGUGCCCGUAAUACAGGAAAUAGCUUAUGGAAUGUGGGCUAUUUCAUUCGAAUGAACAAUUUUUAAAAAGUGCAUAUUUUUGCACUCCACAGUUCUGGUGCUAUGUUUUCAUUGCGUCUGAAAGGUCACAAAGCAGCCCAAGUGCAGCACUUUUAAUAGAUCCUGUUGAUUUCAGCAGGCAAGGUUAAUUUCUCCCUUGAGAUCAAUGGGAUUUAAAUGCCCUUUGCUUCAAUUAAAUCAUGCCUAGUGUUCUCGAAGCUACGAACAUGAGUUUGACCAAACUGCGGGAGGCAGUGGAAGACAGGAGUGCCUGGCGUGCUCUGGUCCAUGGGGUCACGAAGAGUCAGACACGACUAAACGACUAAACAACAACAACAAUCACAAUCAAUCUGCUUCUCUCUGGCAAGGAGAGUGUCUUCCUGUGUUUGCAUGCAGGAGGUUCCCAGUCCAAUCCCUGGCCAUGUCCAGAUAUGGGUGGGAAUUUCUCCCUGUCUGAAACCCUGUAGGGUUGCUGCCAGUCCGUGUAAGCACUACUGAGCUAGAUGGACCAAUGGUCUGACUUACUAUAAGGCAGCUUCCCAUGAGAAUAAGAACACAAGUCCCACACCCAGCUCAGUUUACACCAUCAUGCAGAGGCAGGGAACAGAAAGAUCCUUGAGAGUGCCUCCUUUGUCUCAGAACAGAACAUCAUUUUUGGUAGCAUGGUUCCCAAAUCUGUUGCCCUACAAUUGCUAACUUUCUUGUGAAAAGAGGCUUCUAUUUUCUUGCCUCGUUCCUCAGGGCACUUUAGAUUGUUUUUCCCAUGUGGUGCUUUGAAUUCAUCUUUUUUAUCUUAUUAUAAACCCCCUUCUCCAGUGCUGUGCAGCCUCCCAGAACUCGAUCUGUCAAUGCUCCAGGGGAGGAGUUACCUCUUGUUGUGUUCCCCUAGCUCAGGCAUCCCCAAAGUCGGCCCUCCAGGUGUUUUUGGGACUACAACUCCCACCAUCCCUAGCUAACAGGGCCAGGGGGACUCAGGGAUGAUGGGAAUUGUAGUCCCAAAAAUCUGGAGGGCCCAGUUUGGGGGUGCCUGCCCUAGGCUUUCAUUUAAGGGUGGGCAGCUGGGGAGGCUGAAGAAUGCAGACCACUGGUGGGAUGAUUUGUAGAACGAAACAAUGGUACACUCACACACAAAAACCACCCACUUCAAAAUGAUUGUAAACUCAAUACUACCCCUGCACCCUGCCAAUGAUAAUCCCACUGGAUUUUCCUCUCCUUUGAUAAUUCUGCAGUGCAAUUUCUUUUAUCAUUGAGAAAGAUUUUUGUUGUUU